CCUCCCCUCCUCCACACACACCACGCCAGCACGCCUCGCGGUAACCGGCAGAGGCCACCCACUACCCCACCACCACCACCACUCCACCACUCCACUACAAGGCACCAGCGCACACACCGUCGGUGUGACACCACCACCACUGCCAGCCCACCCCAUCUUUUCUCCCAUCCAUUCCCGGACUCCCCCACCACACUGCAGUAGUCGCCGGCGGCCAUCAUGGUGAUCUCGAACGCGAGCUCCAGCGCCGGGGAGGCCGUCUACUCCACCUUCUCCUCGCGCUACGUGCGGGAGGAGCUGCCGCGGUACCGGAUGCCUUCGGGGUCGAUCCCCAAGGAGGCGGCGUACCAGAUCAUCAGCGACGAGCUGAUGCUGGACGGGAACCCGCGGCUGAACCUGGCGUCCUUCGUCACCACCUGGAUGGAGCCCGAGUGCGGCAAGCUCAUGAUGGACUCCGUCAACAAGAACUACGUCGACAUGGACGAGUACCCAGUCACCACCGAGCUCCAGAACCGUUGUGUAAACAUGAUAGCUCACUUGUUCAAUGCACCGAUCGGUGAGGAUGAGACUGCUAUCGGAGUCUCAACAGUGGGCUCCUCGGAAGCAAUAAUGCUUGCGGGCCUGGCUUUCAAGCGGAAGUGGGCAAACAAAAUGAAGGAGCAGGGGAAGCCAUGCGACAAACCUAACAUUGUUACUGGUGCAAAUGUUCAGGUUUGCUGGGAGAAAUUUGCUAGAUAUUUUGAAGUGGAACUGAAGGAGGUCAAGUUAACUGAAGGGUACUAUGUCAUGGAUCCUAAGAAGGCUGUUGAAAUGGUGGAUGAGAACACUAUAUGUGUUGCAGCCAUCCUGGGAUCUACUCUCACCGGAGAGUACGAAGAUGUGAAGCUGUUGAAUGACCUUCUUGUGGCAAAGAACAAGGAAACAGGGUGGGAUGUGCCGAUCCAUGUUGAUGCUGCCAGUGGAGGAUUCAUCGCUCCUUUUCUCCAGCCUGAGCUUGAAUGGGACUUCAGGCUGCCAUUGGUGAAGAGCAUCAACGUUAGUGGGCACAAGUAUGGCCUUGUGUACCCUGGUGUUGGAUGGGUCAUCUGGCGGAGCAAAGCCGAUCUGCCCGACGAACUCAUCUUCCACAUAAACUAUCUGGGAACAGAUCAGCCCACAUUCACACUGAACUUCUCCAAAGGUGCUAGCCAGAUCAUUGCACAAUACUAUCAGCUGAUCCGCCUCGGUUUCGAGGGGUACAAGCACAUCAUGGAGAACUGCAAGCUGAACGCGGCGGUGCUCAAGGAGGGCAUCGACGCGACGGGGCGGUUCGACGUGCUGUCCAAGGCGGACGGCGUGCCGCUGGUGGCCAUCAGGCUCAAGGACAGCACCAACUUCAGCGUGUUCGACAUCUCGGAGAACCUGAGGCGGUUCGGGUGGAUCGUGCCGGCCUACACCAUGCCGGCGGACGCGGAGCACGUGGCCGUCCUCCGCAUCGUCAUCCGGGAGGACUUCAACCGGAGCCUCGCGCAGCGGCUCCUCACCGACAUCAACAAGAUCGUGGGCGAGCUGGACGCGCACGCCGUCCACGCCAUCAAGCUGUCCACCGCCGCCGCCGCCGAGGGCGCGUCCAAGAGCACCGUGGACGCCGUCACCGAGGCCUUCAAGGGCCUGGCCGGGAACAAGAAGGCCGGAGUCUGCUGAAGGCCGGCCGGGGGCGUGCUUGCUUGCUGAGACGCCUGGUGCAUUCUUUCAUCACGUGUCUAUGUUGUAUUAUCUUGCAUUGUGUAAUUAUUGUGGAGGGGUGCAUAUGUGAACUGUCAGGACCUGCCUCCUCCGUAUUUUGUACUGCGUACGUACGCGGAUUGCACUCUCCCUUUCGGCCCUGCUGGCGAUUGGUUCUGCACAGGACACCUCUCCACCGAGGUCACUAUGUAUCUGUCGUUUGCUUUAGCUGUUUGUCGGAACGUUACGUGCUUGCUGUA